CUUGAGCGUAGGAGCGGGCGGAAGGCCGUGCGCCAGAUGUUCGAGAGCAUCGCGAGCGCUGAUGGGAGCCAAGCGCGGGUGGUCAGCAGCGAGGGGGGCUUUGGAGACGGGCGCCAACGACUACUGUGUCUCUUCCCGGUCAACGCUCGGGACGAGGUUAUCGCAUCCCUCGCCCUACGGGCGCGCCUGGCGAACACGUUCGAUGGUCCGAGCACGCCCGCAAACGCCACGUCCGGUGGAAAUACGUCCCUGCAGAUAGUGAGGCGUCUUCUCGAAGAAGCGAAAGAGGCAGACGCGAGGAUGGAGAUCGUGCUUGCGGCGGCGGAAAUCGUUCGGGCCGAUGUCGAUCAGCAUCCAGAUCUCAAGAAUGUCCGCAUCCGACGGCAAAAGCACAAGUACAGCGUGGAGUUGGCCGCACCCGUGAAAACAGUGCGAGGUGCCCUAGCUGAGAUGCCCCCGACAUUGGUUGGACUGUUUCAAGGGAGUGAGGAUCUCGGCCGGGGCUGGGCGUGGGAUGAAACAAAAACAGACGGUCCACAGCCAAGCGCAGCGGGGAGUGUACGGCGAGAGGAUGAUGGGAGCGAUGGAGCCGACGCGCUUGAAGGAGCCGCCUGUGAGCGGCAAGCCCCCACUCGCGAUGCCACCCGGGCAGAAGAGGUGGAUUCUGCUGGGCCGACUUCCGAGGAAGCUUCCACUUUCAUCGAAAAAACCAACCAGGAUAGGCGAGGCUUCGCACGGCGUUUGUACAUGCUUUGCAAGUGCACGGUGAAGGCGAUUUUUCCUGGUCGACACUUGACAGCGGCCAUGGUCGACUACGUGGACCUCAUCCGAGUGGCCAUCGUCAAGCUUGGCAAGAAGAGGACGACAGACACCUGCCCGACUCAUAGGUCGAUGCGAGAGCAAUGCCUGAGGAUGAAGUCUGUCGACGGGUACUGGCAAGAUGGAUUCAAAGACCACAUGCCAGAACGAGACUUCAACGGAAAGGGUUGGGGUAUCAACCCCAAGGCGAAGGGCAGCAACGCGUCAGCACUCACAGGAGAGAAUUGCGUUAUGUGGAUGUCGGAGCAUUCUUACAUCGGUCCCGAUGGGAAGCUGGUCACGAUGACGUGCGGUUGCAACCCGGUGAAGGCCUUAAAGCAUAACUGUAGGGGGUGCGGGUGCAAAGGGCGCAAGUGCUCCCUCGCUUGCGGCUGCAGGGGCCGUUGCCAUUUGGCUCGCAAGCCUGUACCCGGUGCACCGACCGGCCAGGCCACGUACUCCGAUCCUGCCGNUUGCGUUAUGUGGAUGUCGGAGCAUUCUUACAUCGGUCCCGAUGGGAAGCUGGUCACGAUGACGUGCGGUUGCAACCCGGGGCCGUUGCCAUUUGGCUCGCAAGCCUGUACCCGGUGCACCGACCGGCCAGGCCACGUACUCCGAUCCUGCCGUGCUGCACACUCCGCAGUCGUUGCCAGCGCCAUGACGGCUCUUCUGGCGUCCCGGAACGCUAGAGCGGACGAGAAAGAGAAAGCCCCGGACGAUCCCGGUUCGAACGAUGACGACACCGGCCGUUCGGACAGUGACUCGGACGAUUUUCUGGAGCUGGAAGCGGAAGGGUCGGCUGACAGCGACUUAGACUCUGAUGAGUCCGACCCUGGGUGGGGCGGUGUCGGUGGGGUCGAUGCUCAGGACGAUGCAAACUCUAAGGGCUAAGCAUGGUUCUGACCGAGUUUCAUCAGGUGUGUUUGGCCAUCCUAUCGCUGUUCAUUUUUCUUCUUGUGUAGACAUGUGCGAGUGUUGAUGUCGCCUAUAUUUUGUUCGUCGCCUAGUGAUCAUGUUGGUGUAUCGCGCCGGUGCCAUACCGAGCCCACAUAAUGCGGUCUGCGUAUCGUGUUUCAGGACUUACUGGCUUCGACCCCCAGCUU